AUGAUACUUCUUGUCAAUGGAAUCGACACAAGAAGAAAGAAACAGAUGAGAGAUUCAGGUGGAAGCCUGGAAACGAAUUCUUAUAAGAAUCUAGAUAUGCGAGGAAGGAUAAGAAAGUCGUUUUUUGUGGCCCACGCACUAGAUAAUUUAGACUCCAAUACAAUAUGUUCCCCAAUAUCAGCGCUGUUACCCAUCGGUAAACUUGCUCUCGGUGCUGUUAACACCAGUUUGGAUGAAAUGCUUGAGGCUAUCGGAGUUAUAAGUCAAAAGAAGAUUAAAUCACAUUUUAAACACUUGAUCGCGGAAUUGCGUUAUCUGCCUGGUGUGAAGUUGGAUAUAGCAAGCAGACUAUACAUCAGUACCCAGGCCAGAUUAACAUCUUCAUUUGAAUCAGACACGAAGGAAAUAUUCAGCUCUAGCGCAGAAAAAGUUGAUUUCGAAUCUCCAGUUAUAACUGCGGACAAGAUUAAUGGAUGGGUGGAAUCCCAAACAGCUAACAUGAUCCACGACAUGAUAUCACCAGAUGAAAUUGAUCCAGAGAUGUCUUUAAUUAUGAUAAAUGCUAUAUAUUUUAAUGGAAAGUGGGAAACGCCAUUUAAAAAAUUAGAAACGGCGACAUUUCAUACGCCCAUAGAUGUUCGACGCGUAAAUAUGAUGUCUGUAAAUUCACAUUUCAAUUAUACAGAAUGUGCGGCCCUCAAUGCACAGAUUCUCAAACUCCCAUACACCGGUGGAACAGCUGCUCUAAUAAUUAUAUUACCCAAGGCGCGAAACGGUUUGCCGCUUCUCCUUCAUCAAAUAAAGUUAGCACCAGAAAUAUUAGACUCCGCUUUAAACUCCAUGUUGGUGCACACGGUGCAGGCUACGAUACCGAAGUUCAGGUUAGAAAGUGAAAUGGAUUUGAGGCAAAUGUAUGAAAAGGUGGGAAUAAGAAAAAUAUUCAAACAAUACGAAUCCGAUUUAACUGGUAUUGUGAGGGACAAAAUUGUGACCGUCUCUAAAGCGAAACAAAAGGCAGUUAUUGAUGUGAACGAACGAGGUACUGAGGCAGCGGCUUCGUCUUCAACAAGCAUGCUUCAAAUGUCGCUGUCGAAAACCGUCAAAUUCAAGGCUGAUCAUCCAUUCUUGUUCAUACUGCUGUCAAACACUCAGCAGUUGUUCGCUGGGACCCUCGUACAUCCACAUACAGCUGGAAAAAGAGGCUAA